AUUUCCCCUUAAAAAUUUGAUGAAUUAUUUCUCCUUCACCGUUCGCCGACUCAUGGCUUUGCGGUUUGAAGCUUCGGUUCUUAGCUCUGUACGACACUAGAGAGCCUUCUUCUCAACUCUUGCUUCCCUCUCGGUUCCUCGCCAGUCGACUGUCUUCAGGUGCUGUUCUUUAAGCCCUUAGAUUGAUAUCCUGCAGCAAGAUAUGGGAGGCAGAGGAGUAAUUGGGGAUAAAUGGUCCAUGAGGAUACUCUGGGCAUGCGCAUUGGGAAGUGUAAUAAGUUUUUAUAUGGUUGCUGUGGAGAGGCAAACGCAGAACAGGGAUCGGAUGUUGGCUGAAAGUCUAAACUCCACAGAAUCUGGUGUGGGUAGCGGGGAGGAAGUUUGAGUGAUAACAUGUUAUGGAUCCCCUCCCCCCAAAACAAAAAUAAAAGGGAACGUUUUCUUGAUGUUGUUUCCUGUUGAAACACUGGCAAGCUUUUUGGUACUUUCACCUGAUCGAGGGAUGUUCCUUUUUCUCCUUCCUUUUCGCCCUUUUUGGGGCACUUGGUAGGUUGUAUCUCUGACCAUCAAAUGUAGUGACUGAUUUUCAGGAUAUGGUGUUAUCAAUCAAGAGAUCUUUUGGUUUCAGGAUUA